GAUUAGGUCCCAUCAUGGCGGCUGAAGAAGCGGAUGUGGAUAUCGAAGGGGACGUGGUGCCAGCCGCCGCACAGCCAGGAAGUGAUGAAAAUACAGCAUCUGUUUUACAAGAUCACUAUCUUGAUUCAUCGUGGAGAACUGAGAAUGGUCUUAUUCCUUGGACUCUGGAUAGCACCAUCAGUGAAGAGAACAGAGCUGUCAUUGAGAAGAUGUUGUUGGAAGAAGAGUAUCCUUUAAUGAUUAUGAGGAAAGUAAAGAUUUCAGGGUGAAAAAUCUAUUAAGUGCAAGACUUACAAAG